CAGGGAAGUAGAGAGGUCUAACCAAUGCCUAGACUGCUACUGAAUAUUCUUGGACUGGAGGUUAGGUUUCUGCCAAGCCAUGGACAUUGGAUACAAAGGCAUAGUGUUGCCUUUUUGGGAUCUCCCUCUAAAAUACUGAUGUCUAAACAUGCUUAUUACCACCCAUUGCCAAGAGAUGUUUUCGGGGAGUGGCAUAACCCUGCAGGGGGCCACAGCCCCAGGUAGCUUCUGAGCUGAACAAAUUGUGACAGAAACAGAGUUGGUCUUUGAUACCCUAUCUUGCAUCAUCUACCUGUCAGAGAGUGGCCUGAUCUCCAGAUCUUUCCCUGUUUUCCUGCUUCCUUGUCAGCACUACCUUUCUUCCUGGCCCUGUUCCUGCUCUAAUUCUGUCCUGCUUCCUGCUUUCACCCAGGGGAAUUGAACAAGGUACAGACAUGACUCUAUUCCAGAAGUAGCCUUUCAGUAUUUCAUAACUCAGAACUGCCUCCACAAACUCCCUCCUAAAACUAGAGGAAAAUUCAUGUGUGUUAGUGGAAGAAAGUUUAGAUAAUGUUGGUGCAAGCACUUUCCCUCUUCAUACCUCAUUCUAAAUCCAUUUCAAUUUCCAUCUUCCGGAAAAUUAGUGCUUGAAGGUGAGGACAGAGGUUACCUUUCCUGUGGGAAAGUGAAAAUUGAAUCAUGUCGUUUGAAUCACCUGUGCUCAGUCCACAAGACAAAGGCAGAACUGUUCAGCACCACGGAGAGUGCCUUUCAUCCUGAAGGACCCAGCCGCCGCCUCCAUCUCAGACGGAGACUGUGACGCCCGGGAGGGUGAGUCAGUAGCCAUGAAUUACAAACCAUCCCCGCUCCAAGUGAAGCUGGAGAAGCAGCGGGAGCUGGCCCGGAAGGGAUCCCUGAAGAAUGGCAGCGUGGGGAGCCCCGUCAACCAGCAACCCAAGAAGAACAACGUCAUGGCCCGGACAAGGCUGGUCGUCCCUAAUAAAGGCUACUCCUCGCUUGACCAGAGCCCAGACGAGAAGCCACUGGUAGCCCUUGACACGGACAGUGAUGAUGACUUUGACAUGUCCAGAUAUUCCUCCUCUGGCUACUCCUCUGCUGAGCAGAUCAACCAAGAUUUGAACAUCCAGCUGCUGAAGGACGGCUACCGGUUAGACGAGAUCCCCGACGAUGAGGACCUGGACCUCAUCCCCCCCAAGUCCGUGAACCCCACCUGCAUGUGCUGCCAGGCCACGUCCUCCACCGCCUGCCACAUUCAGUAGCUGGCGGGGCCGCUGCGGCCAGCCGGGGUGGGGCCGCCGGGGGCCAGGUUGGACCAGGCAGGGGCCAACCCCUCCCCAGCUCGUCCACCUGCCCCCGGCCCCCGCGCCCCCUACAGCCGCCAACCUCGUAACAGUCAUUGCUUCCUCCUAUGGUAGGACGUGUACCUCUGUGUGUUCAUGGAGCCGGAGAAACCAAAACCGGGUCUCUCUCCACCCCCGGGGGUGCUGAGGAGGGGAGGGAGCGGUUUGUUCAGUUACUUGGGGGACCUCGCCCAGCAUCCUGCCCCCUCCCCAAAGCUGCAGUCCAGUAGAGGAAAGGGGUGACUGGACUGCAGGGAGGCCAACAGUAAGGAGUGGGGGAAGGAUCACAAAGCCAGGGGUUUGGACCCCCCCCACGUGAAGCCAUGAAUCCCCCAGCACCAGCCCAGGAAAGGGGCUGGGAAGGAGAAAGGCCCAGGGCAGUAGGGGCAGGGCCCAGCCCCUUAGAGCCGCCUCCACAUGCCCCCCUGCUGGCCCACGUACCAUCUGCGUUCCUCCCCUCAUCUCUAGAUGGGAAGCCUGACAAAGCUGCCCAGUGGGAUAUUAUUGUCCCCCACCCCUCGGGGAUCACUGCCUUCUUUCUCCUCUUUGCCCCAUUCACCCCCUUCCUUGCUCUCUGGAUCGUGUGGAGGGUGAGGUGGGCCUUACAGACAGCCAGAGUUUAGGGUGAUAUGGUCUGCCCUCACCUGCCCCUAACUAAUGAAUCUGUCUCUCUGUGCCCCGCCUCAUCCCCCCACCCAACACACACACACACACACGCACGCACGCACACGCACGCACACUUCUGUUCUGUUCAUUGGUCUCUGUCCCAGGCUGGAAGCAGGAGUUAAGGCUGGCCUCGAAUGCCCCAUUCCGGUCUCACUCUAGCCCAAGAUCCCAGAGGCUGCUUCCCAGGAAGAAUCUUCAAGGAAGCAAGCCUAAGAGAAUACAGUGGCUGCAUGUGUAUGGCAGGGACAGCUUGGCAGAACGUGUGUGUGCCUGGGGCUGUGAGGGCGUGUGUCUACAUCUCUGCAUUGGGCCUGUGUCUCCAGAUGUCUGCGGCAUCCGCGGUGGGGAAGUGACUGUGUGGCCGGUUAACAGUGUGAGAGGCUGCUCACCAGUGCAGUGGGCUGGCGGUCAGAAGGCUGGGUUCUGGUCCUAGCUCCAGCACUCUCCCCGUUACCUCCAACAAGCGACUUAUAUUCUCUGGCUUUCAGUUCCCUCCACCGUACAAUGAGCAGCAUCUGAAAUUAUUUUUAAGGUUCUUCCAAACCUGAAGGAAUUUCUUCAUAGGAAUUUCUGUGGAGGUGGAUAAGGAGGUCUCUGUGUGUCUUUUGAGUACAUCUGGUGGCUUCCUGAGUUGCACGUCAGUGUGGAAAAGAGAGGAGGAAGUUCCUGUGGGACCUGUGUAUGCCUGAGUACAAUCGGAUCUUUUGGGAAAUCCAUGAGUGUGUGUCUGGAUGUGCACGUGGAUGUGGGUAUCCACGGUGUGUGUAGCUGUGUGCGGUGUCUGAGAGUCAGAAUGUAUGUACUGCUGCUUCUGCUGCUGUUACUUGGUGGUGGCAGGGGUGGGGGUGGUGGCUAGAAAAGCUGAGGAUGAAAAUCAAGGGGGAGAAGGUGACCAAGGCCCUCCCCUGGGCCUGGGCAGUAUAGAUCUGCCCCGUGCGAAGGAAAGCAAAAGCACAGAUAGCCCACGCCUGGUCAGGUCUAUGCCGCACAAACCCCGUAUCCCAGGGCCACUCCUCCAUGCUGACCCCCGCCACAUGCUGGCCAAUCCACUCUAAUAUAUACCACUCACAUGCUGCCAGCGUGCACAGGACACACCCACAGCCCAGUUCCUGGCUGCCAGUCCUGGGAGGUGGGAGUUGGAAGGGGGCGAGGGCAGUGAGAAGAGAGAGUAAGGCUGCUGGCUUAGGAGGGGUAGCACCUCUCCCUGCACCACACCCAGGGGCUGCCAGCUCCUGAGUGCUGAGGUGCAGCUCUCCACCCUCAACUCCUCCAACGCACGCCUAACUCCUCCAGUGCAGGGGCCCUGGUUAGAUGAUGAGAAAAUGCAAAGGGAAGCAAGGACGGAGAAGGCACCUGCAGGACUCACACGGCCCGUACCAGCCCCCACCUGAGCCUGUUUCUCCCCCACCCCCGCCCCGGUCAGCAUACGCAGCCCCCGUCAUCUGGGCCCCAAAACCAAGCUUCCUACUCCUACUACCACCACCACCCCGGCCUCCUUGACUCACCCUUCGAGAACAUGAGUACCUCCUCUUUUCCAGGCAGAGCCCCCGCCAAGGCUCACUUAGACUGCAGUCUUUGCUGCUGACAUGCUGUGUGACUCUGGCCCACUGCUCAACCUCUCUGGCCCUGAGGAAUAAGGGAAAGGCUCCCUCCCCACAAGAUAUACCUAAUUCCCUGGCAGGCAAGGGCUUCUAGCUGAGGCAGUGUAGCAAGUGUAGCGGAGAGAAGUACGAAGCUGGCAGCCAGCACUUUCUGGGUCUAGGGAAAGUGCAUGGUUCCCUCCUUCCCUGUGUGGGAGGUUGGAGGGGAGGAAUCGAGCCCUCAGUUUGCCCCCUGCCACCCUUGCCCCUUGUAGAUACUGCCUUAACACUCCCUCUACCCUCAGCUCUGGCUGCCACCCAGCCAGGUUUCUCCGUGCUCACUAAUUUAUUUCCAGGAAGGUGUGUGGAAGACAUGAGCCGUGUAUAAAUUUUUUUUUAACAUUUACAUCGCAGUAUUGACCAUCAUCCUUGGUUGUGUAUCGUGUAACACAAAUAAUGAUAUUAAAAGCAUCAAACAAGCCAGCCUCAGCUCCCUACCUGGGGUGCGGGCAAGGGGCAGAUGGGCCGGGAAGGGCAGAGGACCGAUCCUCUGAACGCACAUUUCACCCUACCUCCACCUGUGGGUUCCCAGGCUAGGCCUGCCACCGACCAGCUGCAACGGCCCUGGAUGACUUACUUGACCCCUCAGAAUCUCUGUUUCUCUUCAUCACAGUGAGAAGCUUUGCCUAGAAGAUCUCCAGGGACCUUGUGAACUCUUGGAAAUUGGGCUCUUUUGAGAGGCUUGAGGCAGGAAGAGACUGGGGUAGGGAGGAAAUCAGACCUCUUCACCUCUCCAGGGAUGGGGCUGAGCCAGGUGAUAUCAUAAUGGGCAGUGCCCAU